AUGGUAUUUGCAGGUGCAAUAGAAGUGACCAUUGCAAACAUAGCUAAAGCUGAGCGAUGCAGUACUGAUCAGAUAUAUGUAGUAGGUUUUGUACCUUCUUACCAGCUACCCAAAAGUCGGCCUUGCUCACUGGAUCCCUUCUUGCAUCCUCUCAUCAGUGACAUCAAAGACAUCUUUAUCGAUGGUAUGAAUCCAAGUUGCAAUAUACCGUCUUAUAAGCCAUUGAUGGCACACCCAGUUUCUAUCAUAACAUUUAUCUACCAGUAUUCAGUACAGGUAGUCAUUUAUCAUAAUUAUACAUUUAUUUAAUAUACAUGCACAUGUACUGGAAACCAUGCAGACCACUUCUAUUCUAAACUUAAUAAUUUGUUUUAGUUUCAAAAAAACUAGAAAAAAAUAGUCAAGACCAAAUUUCAUUUGAAUAAUUUAAUUAAUUAACCAAAACUUGCAUGCGUGUGCAAUAGCAACUUCUUUAAACAUGCAUUUUUUUUUUCAGGUCUUGAAGUUGACUAUGUUGAGUCAUUUCCUGGUCUUCCGGCAGGAAGGAUCAUCUUGCGCAUCUUGAUUCUGCUAUGGACAGGUGACUAUCCUGCACAACACGAAGUAGGGAAGUUCAUCAAACAUGGUAUAUUACCAUGCCGUAGAGACAAACUAAAAGGUAAAUUAGACACAAUUUAUUCAUGUAUGAUUUACAGUGUAGCACUCUACUGAAAUUAUAGUCUUUUCAGUAGUAAUAAUUAAUGUAAAAGUAAUGAUAUUGUUUAAUUUUUGGCAAAAAUUCUGAUAGGUUAAUAAAAUAUCGUGUUUUUUUUUAUGUACACUUGUGUUUAUUGCAUUUUUGUAAAAUAAUGUUUCUAGAAAAUGCUGUGCAUAUAAUUGCAUAUUGCAAAAUAAUUAAAUACCAGCUGGUGAGUAAGAAUGAAUUCAAAGCAAAAUGGUUUAUCAUAUUUCUGAAGAAAAGAUUGGUAAUAUGCUGUCAUUUCUUUAUUCACAUUGGUUUUUGGUCAGUUUCUUGUCUGAAAUAAAAGUCCAUUUUAUUCAAUAGGUACUAUCAAUCCAGAGGGUGGAAGCACAUACUAUUAUGUUAAUAAUCGGUACCACGCCAGAUUUGCAUGGGAGGAGCGAAAGCUGGAAGAAGACUUGAAAACGAUGAAAGAUAUAAAUGAGGAAGACCGCAAAACUGUUCGGGCAGAAAAAAGCAGGAACAGUGGUUAUACUGGAUUAAGCGUCCUUUAUCGACUGCACAAACUUUAUGGAUUUGACAUUUUCAAGGAUCUUGUGUAUGACACUAUGCAUAACCUCCCUUCAAAUGUCAUAGCAGCACAACUCAAAAGCUUCAUCACUCUUGAGAAGAUUGACAGUAAAUUAGUUGACCAACGUCUACGCUUCUUUCCUUGGACUGCAGGUCUGUAAUAAACAAGAAUUUAUUCUUUUGUCAUUAACAUCUUAAGUUAUUAAUUUAACAGUAAUUGCAUUAAUACAUAUGCAAACUAAUAAAACGCCUCCGGUUUUUAAGUGUCAGAAGUCCCAGUUUACUUCUCAUCUUCUGGGUGCAUGCGGUUCUGUUUGUUUUGAGUAUGGAGCGCAUUUCUUGAUUUUGAAGUCUUUCCAGACUGUCUGUCAUACCCUUAGGGCAUUCCAUCCACACUGUGCAUCCAUAGUCAAGGAUUGGUAGCACUGUUUGCUUAUAAAUCUUUAGCAGCACAUCUCUGGUUAAGUAACCAGAGAGUCUGUUGAUGAGUCUGUUUAUGAAAAAAUACCAAAUGAAGUUACAAAUUAUAUUACGUCUAGUAACUUAAAACACGGUGUGUCUAGCAACUCAGUAAAUUUUUACUCAGCGUACACUACAUAUAUUAAUUUAUACAACAGAACUGUACAAUUGAUUUUCUGAUUAUUAUAACUGUAGAAUUGAAAGAUGGAAGAAUUCCUAAUGGUUAUGGUUCUCGCCUGGCCUUUUGGAAGGCAGAAGAACUCCACAAAUUUGCCUUUCCAGCCUCUGAAGUAAUAUUUGCUGACCUCUUAGAAGAUAUGGAUUAUCACAUUUGGCAACUUACUGUCAGGAUGACAGAACUUGUCUUCUGUAAACGGGAUGGAUGGGUGCUCGAUGAUGUUCAUCUUUUCUCCAAGUUAGCUCAACGCUACUUAGUGCUUACUGAAGAGCAUAGGGGUCUGACUUCAUGUACAGUCACUGAGCACAACCUUCUUCAUAUUCCUGACGAUGCUAUGCGGUUUUCACACCCUGACAACUACUGGUGUUUUCCAUUUGAAAGGGCAGUGCGGAGGUAUGUUACAACAAAGUCCAACUUUAAGAACAUUGAAUGCACCUAUGCCAAAAAAGAAGCACGACGUGAAUUGCUUCAACAUCUCUCCUCUAGCAUCAAGGACCAGCCCAAACAGUACAAGUUCUGCCUGGAAAAGGUAUUUGAAAAGUUGUUAGUAGCCAUAAAAUGCCAUCACUGCAUUGUACAUGUAAAUUUUACACUGAAAGUUGCCAUAAUGUAAUUACAUUUCAGAAUGUAAUUGUGAACAAAAAGGAAUUCCUGGGCUGCCUUAACUUUACAUACAGUAAUUACAGACUCAGUCAUGAAGCCAUUAGUUUGUUGUAGACAUUACAUUAAAUGAUAUAAUUGUAACUCCAUUGUUAUGCAGUCCACUAAUACUUAAGGCAUGUAAUUGAAUCCUAAAGAAAGGUUAGGACUACAAAUAAUAUUUUUAAGCUAAGCCAAAAAAAAAAAAGAUGAUUUCCACGGUGAUUUAAAAUUUGAAAAAAGUUAAAGUUAGCUUUUGUAUGGAAGAAAAACUACACAAAACUUUAAACCCUCCGUUCUAUUUCUUGUUCUCAUGUCAGUGAUAAUUCAUACAGUGAUCUUUAGCCAAAUUAACUUUAGUUCUUAUAAUUAUGUUAAGCUACAAUCUGACUGAGAAAAAUAUUAACUUUUUUUUUCUAGAUGAGUGCCACCAGUUUGGAAGGAGCAAGACACUUAAGUGACAUUGCCAAAACCUCACCUCGUCAUGAGAACUACAGCAAAAGGGAAUUCUUGUUGGUGGGUCUGAGAGAAAUGAAGUCCAGCUGUCAAAACAGGAUGUGGAUCUCAUCAAAUCAAAGUUUACUGGGUCAAGUACAUCAAGUGGUGAAGUUCUUGUUCCGGAAAUAGCUUUGGCUUACAGAAGUCUUCUUUUACCACAACAAGGUAUUCAAGGUCAGGGCCUAUUGUACAGGACAGGAGAACAUGUUUUUCUUAACAUGAACAAUGUCCAAUCAGUUGUUUUGGUAGAAAAAUUUCUAGGUCUUGAGAUUGAAGGAGAAUACCACAAGUUUAUUCAAGGCCAGUUACUUCCAACUAAACAAGAUGAUGAUGGUAAA